GUGGUAGGGCCAUGGAGCCGGAGCAGGACGCGCCCCCCGGGGACGACGGGGCCGAGGGGUUGUUGAGCGAGCUGGAGGCGCGCGUCCAGGACGUGGUGAAAGCCAGCUCGUGGUGGGAGCGCCAGGGCUUGGAUUGCACCAUCCUGGCGCUGAGCUUUCUUGCCUUGCCUGCCGGGUUCCUGUGCCUGCGCUCUGAGAACAUUCUGCUCUUUGCCGCUGGCAUCGUAAUAUUGGGUGUGUGCCACUACACACUCACCGUCAAGGGCAGCCACCUGGCCACGCACGGUGCCCUCACUGAGUCCAAACGCUGGAGCAAGAUCUGGGCACUUUUCUUCGUAGAGGUGUGUACGUCCUUCACGGCAGAGUAUGCCACGUAUGGCCACGUCAAGAUGCACCACGGCUACACCAAUGUGGUGGGCCUGGGCGACUCCAGCACCUGGAAGCUGCCUUGCCUCAAUCGCUAUGUCUACAUGUUCCUGGCACCCUUCUUGUUGCCCAUCGUAACACCACUGGUGGCUGUCGAGCGACUGCGGCAGGUGGAGCUGGGUUCAGCCCUCCGGACACUGAGCCUCAUCUCCCUGGGCCUCUACUCACACUACUGGUUGCUGCUGCACGUGUCAGGCUUCCGGAGCUCCAGCUCAGCUCUGCUCUGCAUGCUGGUAACCCGCUCGCUGCUGGCCCACCCAUACCUGCAUGUGAACAUCUUCCAGCACAUCGGGCUGCCCAUGUUCUCCCCGGACAAGAAGCCUCGGCGGAUUCACAUGAUGAGCCUGGGGGUGCUGAACCUGCCCCGGCUGCCCGUGCUGGACUGGGCCUUCGGCCACUCGCUCAUCAGCUGCCACGUGGAGCACCACCUGUUCCCCAGGCUCUCCGACAACAUGUGCCUGAAGGUGAAGCCAGUGGUGUCCCAGUUCCUGCAUGAGAAGCGGCUGCCCUACAACGAAGACUCCUACCUGGCUCGCUUCCGGUUGUUUCUCAGGCGCUACGAGGAAUUCAUGGUGCAUGCCCCACCCAUCACCGAGCUGGUGGGGCUGCAAUGAGGGUGAGGGCUGGGGGGCCAGGACAACCACCGGCCCCCCUCCCCUCCCAGCCUUGGCCCUUUCUCUGCUUGCUGGCUGGCUGGCUGCAGAUGCAGCUCCGUGGCUGGUGGUGGAACUGUGGAGGAGUCAGGUGGCAGCCUUAA